CCGCUGGCAUAAUUCAUAGGCGUCAAUUGAUGGUCUUCGAUUAUUUUCUCUGCGAGUCUUGAAUGGUGUUGAAUUCAAAGCGAGGACGACUAAUAUUUCUGGUGGUGUUUGGUUAGCAGUAGCGUCCCACCGAAGUUAAUCCAAGGAGGGGCCAAGAAUCGGACGGAGGGAUAGAGUGAGGGGAAAGCAGGACACGGGAUCAAUGGGAGGAAGGAGAAGGUCUCUGAUUCUGGGACUGGCUUUUCUAAUGUUGAUGGGAACUGCCGUCUAUUUCAGACUCUGGGCCAUUGAUUAUAAUGUUUCUUCUGAUGAUACCGAGCUAUUAAGACGACAGUUUGAUCUAGCUAACAGGGAAGCAAUGGAUGAAUCUGCUGAAUGGAGACUAAAGUAUGAUGAGGAAGCAGGCAGGGCAAGGAAAUGUUUUGAGGAACUUCAAGCGAUUAAGGAUUCCUCUCUGAAGUUGGAUAAUGCUUCUAAUGUUAAUCAUAAAGUAUCAAUGCUGCGGAAGGAGAUUGCAGUCUUGCUUGAAAGGGUGGAAACAUUAAAACGAGAGCUGAAAGAGGAAAAAUCGAGGUGUCUAACACAGUCAUUAUUCUGACGAUUAAAAGCUCUGCGUUCAAGGCCAUUUAAGCAUCAAUGAUCUACGGAUAUUUGGAGCCUGCCCUUCGUUUUAAAGUUGACUGUACGGCUUGCAAUACCAGAUUUCCACCUUAGGGGCGCCAGCAAUUUUUUUGAUGUUCAAAGAAGAAUGACAAGGAUGAGGGUGUGAGGCAGGUAGGAUCAAGUCUGAGCAAAGUGGCAGCUGACGUGGCUAGUUAAGACAUAGCAAAAGCGUUUGAAGGAGCAUGUGGAAGGUGAGGGAAAACGCAGGUGCUUAAAUGACGUGUGGAUGUGGUGGUCAAAGAGGGUGUACAUGAUUCUGAGAAGUUUCUCUCUCCCUUCUGUUACUUUAUCUGAGACUCUGCAUGUCCCUUCUUCCUUUGUUUCUGUUAGAGCGUAAUUCUCGUUAUCCUUCAUUGGUGCCCUUGGAGCAAAUACAGACUGCACGUUGACAUAGUAUCACAUUAUGAGUUACUGAAAUACACAAGUAUGCAUAAUCUGAUAAUAUCAGUAUCUUCUCACGAAGUAUCAUGAGAAUUGCUGAGCUUAGCACUAACAGAAAGAAAGGAAGAAGGAAGGUAUAGAGUCUCAGAGAAAGCAACAGAGACAAACAGCAAGUUUUUUUUUUCUUUUGGGGGGGGGGGCUUAUAAGCAUGGACACCCUUUUCAAACACUACGCGUCUAUUAAGGAUUUGCAUUUGCCACCACCUUCAACAGGCUCCUUUGAAACCGUUCGUGAAGUCGUAACUGACUUGCCACAUUAUCUGCCACUUCACUCUGCCUCAGUUCUACCUACCUCAUGCCCUCGUCCUUGCCAUUCUUCAGUUUUAAGAUCACACUUAUAGUGAAUGUCAAUAUGAAUGCCUAAAUAAUUUAGGAUGCUUUUUAUAUUCGCCAAACAGAAUGAUCUUCAUUUGCAGCCACAAAGAAAAAAUAUAUUAUUUUGUUAGGCUUA